AUGAUCAAACACGCAUGCGUGACGUUUGUUACAAAAUGUAAAGCGUUAAAAAAAGAAGACUCUGUAUUUACUUUUACCAGGAAGUAUACCGCGCCCCAGCUUGUUCUCCCUUCUUGCAUUUUUUUUCCACCCCAAAUGGUGCUCAACAUGGCUAAGAAACUCAAGAAACUUGACAGUUUUUGGCAUUUGCUUUGAAAGUAUAAUGGGCCAACCAAAUCGUUGUUGCCAGGCAGACUUUCUCCUAGCAAGCGCAGAUGUUACAGGUGUGCUGGACCAACGCCCCUCAGACAGGAUGUCAGUCACCAUAUGUAGAAAAAAAUGCUAUUCACUUUUUUAUCUAGUUACUUUUACUUUUUAUUGAACUUUUAAUGACCGCAGUGGCAUGGUUGCUGCAAAUGUCAGGUGCCUCCUUGUCAUUACCUCCCCCAGGGACCCAACACUUGAACAGUCCAACAGUCAGAUUCCUGACCCUUUGAAGUAUUAAGUGACUAUGCUAUUCACUUUGGACUUUUUCUUGUUGUUACUUUAGAUUUUUUAUUUAACUUUUAUUGACAGCAGCCUUGCAAGCAGCGUUGUAGGUUAAGGUUGCUAGUGCCUGUGGGCAUGGCAAGUAUUACCCAGUAUCCCCAGGGUCCCUUACACCAGUCCAGUAUUGACUCUUAAUUGUUGUACACAACUUACAAUAGGGCUGAAAAUAUUAACCGAGUACCUUGAAUAAUUCGAUUACAAAAAAGGCUGUCACCAAAUCUCUCAAACUAAGCUUUGCAGGGUUACUACAGUCGCACAAACUAUUCAGUGUAAAAAUAAGUUCGCUCAAUGGCAACAAGCCAGGAGAAAGGAGUGCAUAAACGAUAGAGCUUGUCUAAAGUUUGUGAUCAUUUCAAACACAAAAAAGACCAUAAAGUGUAAUGUGUCUACUGCAAACCAGAAUUGGCUUGCACAACAACACGUCUAUGAUCGCUUGCACGACGUAAACAUCGUAAAAUACUUGAAUCUAGCCUACCACCACGAGCUUGAUUCUGCUCAAAUUUACUGUAGUGCCCCCACAAGUGGGCAAGGAUAGACACAGCCACCAUUGCACUUUCAAUCACUUUAUUGAACAAAAGAAACACGUCAUUAGCACAUUCAUACUCUAGCUUCUCUGGCCAGCCAGCUGCUAUCCUGAGCCAAAAAGUCAACUACAGUUUCUUUCAUUAACACACACAUUACUCACCAGGCCAGGCCUUACCUUUAAAGCCACACACACUCAAAGUCACAGAUACCAGAAUAUAGAACAUGAGGAUGGGGAACUCAGGUGGACAAAAAUUAUACCUGCACCUCACAUGCACUUUGUUAUUGUGUUGUUAAAUAAGGCAAAAUCAAUUUGAAUCUGAUUGCGUGAUUAAUCAAUGGGCUAAUCGGUAGGAUACUCAGCUCUAAUAUAUUCAAUAGCUUUUGUCCUACUUUACAAUUAAGCUAAAAUGAAGUGAAACUACUCACACUUUGAAAUAUUUGUCUACUAUAUACUUUUAACUUCCUUCUGUUACUUUUUAUUGAACUUUUAAUGACAGCAGUAGCAUACAGUCGGUAAGGUUGCUAGUGCCCAUGGAUGCUGCAAGUGUUUGGCCCCCUCCUCGUCACCUCCCCAGAGUUCAUCAUGCAAGUGCAUAAAUAAGUUAAACACUUAAUACGCAAACACAAACAAAACACAGUUAAAACUACUCACCAUUUAAAGAUACCAAGACAUCAUGUAAUGGUGAGUGAAUAGGAAGGAUACAGAUGUGCUGCAAGCUUCUCUCGUCAUUUUCAGCUACAUGCUACCCACAUUUGCAUCUGACAUUAUUAUCUGUCAUUAUCAUCUGAUGUUAGAAUCUGCUUGGUAAAUGUGUUUUUAGCCUGUACUAAUGUGUAUAUAUAUAUAUUUUAAUUGCUCAUAUUAUACUGAGCAGCCAGACCCAAUUCUGUGUCACAAAAAGUUCGGUUUGUGGUCGGUCUUUUUGUGGUACUACAGUUGUCUUAAACAGCAUCUUGUUUGUUGAAAAUAACAUUUAUUUACUUAUUAGAAAACUAGCCAAAUAAGUUUUAGUAAGUACAUGUAUUCUAUGAAUGAGAUAUUGAUUCCCAGCAACAUUUCCUGUUAGGAUCUGCUCCAAAUCAGGCAGUGAAAAAAAUGCUGUAAGUGGGGAAAAAAAUUACGUUGUUGUCGUGUUAAAAGUGAAAAUAGCGGCCUUAAAAUAUAAUCUUCUGUUAAUCGUGGUUUUACAAGUUGAUAGCGGUGGAAUGUGGGCGCACCUAAUAAAGUGUCGGCAUUGUGGUGUCAUGUGAGCAGAUGCCACAAAACACCCAAAAUCCAAGGUCAUGGUGGCGCUGAGCUUGGCCCUGGAGCGUUCCCUUGACGCACGAGGUGGCAAUGGGAGGAAGGAAAGACGGGAAAAGGGAGGCUAUUCAAAGCCUGUUUGUCUCUGGAAAACAAGUGUUAUGGUAGCGGCUGAUGUCCUACAAUGUCCCGUGUGCGUGUUUGAGGGAAAAAUAUGGGAGUGUCACAUGGAUAUUGACAUUGACGCACCACUACGAGCUGAAUGCGAAAGCAGUUCAAAGUAAGAAGCAAAAGGAGGAGCGUCGCCGCAUACUUGAGCCAUCUGAAGGUGUUUGGAGGUCGUAAGGAGAUGGACUCACUAAAGAAGGAGCUUGAAGAAGAGCUGAAGCUCAGCACCGAGGACCCCAGGAGCCAUGCCUGGUACCAUGGACCCCUCACCAGAGAGGCUGCCGAGGCUCUGUUCGAGAGGGACGGAGACUUCCUGGUGCGUGACUCCAGCUCGUCCCCGGGCGACUAUGUCCUCAGCUGCUACUGGAAGAACGAGCCCAUGCACUUUAAGAUCAUACGAGUGGUCCUGAGACCCAAAAAGGGCUACUCCCGGGAGCUGUUCCAGUUCGAGGAGGACCGCUUCGACAACGUUCCCGCUUUGAUCCGCUUCUAUGUGGGCGGGCGACGGCCCAUCUCCCAGGCCUCGGGCGCCGUCGUCUUCCACCCGCUGACCAGGACGCUGCCCCUGCGUGUCAUCGCCGAGCGACAGCAGGCCGACUGCAAGAGCGCCGCCGGAAGAUCGGCGGAGGGGAAGUCCCAUCACGAACGCAGCAAGCGGCUCAGCUUCAGCAGCACCCUGGGAGACGCCCUGCACAUCAACCCUCUGCUCAGGAGCGGGAGUCACCCCGGCAACCUGGAGAACCUCGGCUGCAGGCCUUCACUUCAGUCAGCCCAGUCGGACAGCAACCUGAGGCCCGGCGCUCCUCAGAAAGCCAAACCGGAGGACGUCGGCCCGCCUUCCAUCUCGCCAGUGUUCCGCACAGGGAGUGAGCCCCUUCUCAGCCCCAAGCCGCGCCAAACAGAUCCCUGCCACCCCGGUGGGGGUGUGACGCUGCGGGGGUCGGACGGACAGCUGCACUCCCGAGCGCCCCCCAAGCCACUUAGGAUAUCUGCCGUGUUCCCCAAAGCGCACCGACCCACUCCGCUGUCAGGCCAGGAAGACGACCCGUCCGCUUUCUAUGACGAGCUGGUCGUUCAGGUUCCUCAGUCCCAGCGCAAAGGCCACGUGGAUCGACUACGAGCAGAGGAAAAGUGGCAGAGUCGGGCGCGGAUCACCGAAACCUCAUUUGGCUUCCUGGAUGCUGACAACAAGAGCGAGGCGGCGUCCCGUCUGCCGCGACUUCCCGACAAGGAUCACUUUGAACGUCCACAGACGGAGUGGAACUCGUGCUUUCAGUUGGACCGGUUCGAGUCGCUGCUGUUGCCGGACAACAACCGUCCGCUGGAGCCGAGCGUACUGCUGGCGCUGAAGGAGCUCUUCAACCGCUCGGACCCCGGCACUACUGCGCUGCACAUACUCAGCGUGGACUGCCAGGUGGCGCGCAUCGUGGGCGUGACGGCCGAACAGAGGAGAAUGAUGGGAGUGGGCUCGGGGCUGGAGCUCAUCACGCUGCCGCACGGCCGACAAUUGCGGCAAGACUUGCUCGAGAGGCACCAUCUAAUUGCGUUGGGCGUGGCUGUGGACAUCCUGGGCUGCACGGGCACGGUGAGCCAGCGGGCCACGGUGCUGCAUAAAUUCAUCCUACUGGCGCAGGCCCUAAAGGAGCACGCCCACGACCUCUACGCCUUCUCCGCCGUCAUGAAGGCGUUGGACAUGCCUCAGGUGGUGCGACUGGAGAUGACGUGGCGCUUGUUGAGGAGGAAUCACACGGAGAGCGCCGUCCUGUUCGAGAAGACCCUCAAGCCCUUCAUGAAUUCGCUGAACGAGAGUGACGAGUGUGUUUUGGGCGGUGCAGUGGCCGUGCCCCACCUGGUGCCCGCGCUGCUGCUGCUGGAGGGUGAGGACGGGGUGGAGGACAGCGAGCGAGGCUGCCAGAUGCUCUACGACGUCCUGCAGGCGGCACGGCGCCACGCCACACACGCACGCGACUACCAGCAGCACGCCAGCGCUCUCCUCAAGGGCGACUGGACGCCCAUCCCCGAGAUGCUGGAGGCCUUCCGGACCGAGUUUGCCCUGCGACUCUUCUGGGGCCAGUCGGGGGCGGAGGUGGACAAGAAUGAACGCCACGACAAGUUUGACAAAAUUCUCAGCGUGCUCUCGGACAAACUGGAACCGGUCGAGAUCAGACCCGAACCGACCCAGCCUCUCAGCUGAGACCGUGGAAACUGCUUUUCUGAUAAAAAUGUGAUUCCAGUCAGGAUGGAGAAAUCUUUGUCAAAGUUAAAUCAAACAGAUCAAAGUUAAAUCAAACAGAUACAACCAGUGGACCUUUGUACAAACUCCCCCAAUCUGCUUUUGUGAGGACAAGGACUUCUCCGUCAUUUCUGUCCCAACACAAAAGCACAUUUUUACAUUCAAUUAUACGUACAGGCAGUGGACCCUUCAGUCUGUAAGUGGACCAGAGCCCAUCUAGGCAGUUGUACACAUUUCACUCCAAUCUGCUUUUGUGAUGAAAAUUUUAUUUUGAGUCAGGACAGGCAAGAUAGAGAUGUCCUUGUCCUAGUUACAUUGUGCGAAUGAGUGGACCCAUUAGCCUAAUUGGAUUGCAGCCCAACUAUGCAGUUGUACCAACUUCUCCAAUGUGUGAUUUUGAGUCGAGGCAGAUACAGUUGAACAGACAACGCUUUGUCAAAUAUGAAAUUAUGUGAAUACAAUAUGAGCACAUCUGCCUCACAAUUCUGAAGACCGGGUUCAAAUCCCACCUCACCUGUGUGGAGUUUGCGUGUUCUCCCCGUGCCUCUGUGGGGUUUUUUCCGGGUACUCUGGUUUCCUCCCACAUCCCAAAAACAUGCAUGCGAGGUUUAUUGAAGACUCUAAAUUGCCCGUAGGUGUGAAUGGUUGUUUGUUUCUAUGUGCCCUGCAAUUGGCUGGCGACCAGUUCAGGGUGUACCCGCCUCUCGCCCGAGAAUAGCUGGCAUAGGCUCCAGCACGCCCACGAUCCUAGUGAGGAUAAGCGGUACGGGAAAUGAAUGAAUGAAUAGAAUAUGACUGCAAGAAGUGUGACCCUUCAGUCUUGAAUUGGAUUGCAGUUGUACAAACUUCCUCUCAGUAUGUCUUUGUGAUAAAAUGGGAUUUUGAGUGGUGGCGGAGAACACCUUGUCAUAGUCAAAUUGUACAUGAGUGAAUAUCAGUCUUAUCGGACUGCAUCCCAUUUGGGCUGUUGUACAAACCUCUCCCAUAAGACUGUGAUAAAAAUGGGAAUUCAGGCAUUCCAAAGAUGUCAUAGGUAAAUUAUGCAUACGACAACUGGACUCUUCACUCUUUAAGUUUACCGCAGCCCACUAAGCAGUUGUACAAACUUCACCUCAAUCUUUUGGGAUGAAAAUGUGAUUUAAAGUGACGGAAUAGAACUCCUUGUCAUAGUUAAAUUGCACAUAUGAGAGGACUCCUAAGUCGAAGAGAACUGCAGCCCAUCUAGGCAGCUGUACAAACAUCUCGCAGGAUUCCAAAGGUUUUGUGAUGAACGUGAAUUUGGACAUCACAGAAAUGUCAUUGUUACACUGCAGCCUAUCUGGGCAGUUGUCCACUAGAAAAUGACCACAUUGUAGUUUUUCACUGAUUCUGGAUAAAUGUUGGUGUACUGAGCUGAUGCUGCCACACUACAAAAUGUUUUUUUCACUUGUGUAAAUAUUAUCAUUGAGUAAAUGUUUAUUAUUCUUUUGUA